CGUGUUUAAACUCCGGUCCGGUCGCCCCAUCGGCAGUCAAGCGGGGCACCUCGCCUCUCUCACACGUCAGUCCAGAGGCAGCUUCACCUGGAAUAACACCUACGUCGACUCUCCUUGUAAGAUAGGGUUCGUUCUUCACCCAGUAUCGGUCGCGAUGCAGAAUUGGACGGUGGCGCUGCUCCUUGUGACGGGAUUCGCAGUUUCGAUCCUCGCUCGACCGCAGUUCGGAAAUUUCGGAGGCUUUCAGCGAGGGAGUUCCGGAGCAGGAUACGGAGGUGCUAAUGUCGGUUCAUAUGCUGGAAAUGGAUAUGGCUUUGGCUACGGUAGCUCUGGGAACGGUGGAUAUGGAUAUGGCUACGGUGUUUCAACAUCAAACAAACCAGGAGUUGCAGGUGGUUAUGGCUACGGCAGAUUUAAACGGAAUCCACAGGACGCACCUUCAACAUCGAACAAACCCGGCUCAGGCUCACAUGGCUCUACGUCAAACAAACCUGGAUUUGGCUUAGAUACUUCGACUUCAAACAAACCUGGUUUAGGUUCAGAUGUUUCGACGUCAAACAAACCUGGAUUUGGCUCAGAUACUUCGACUUCAAACAAACCUGGUUUUGGCUCCGACGUUUCGACGUCAAACAAACCUGGAUUUGGCUCAGAUACUUCGACUUCAAACAAACCUGGUUUUGGCUCCGACGUUUCGACGUCAAACAAACCUGGUUUUGGCUCAGAUGUUUCGACGUCAAACAAACCAGGCAGUGAUUCCGACAUUUCAACAUCAAACAAACCCAGCCCUGGCUUCGUUGGGUCCACAUCUAACAAGCCCAGCUCUGACUCGAGCAUUUCAUCAUCGAAUAAGCCUGACUCUGGGUCUAGUAUUUCGCUGUCUAACAAGCCAAGACAUGAUGCAGACUCCAAAUCUGGAGCUUGCGAUAUCUGUCGCAGUGGCUCGGGGGUCCAAGUCGGUGGGAGUGGGGGGGCCAUUGGAGGAGCCAGUGAUGGGGGUCAUCGGGAGGACAAGUGGGAGGCAGUGGAGGAGCCACAGGAGGAGCCGGUGAUGGGGGCUCAUGGGGAGGGCAGUUUGGGGGCAGUGGAGGAGCCACAGGAGGAGCCAGUGAUGGGGGCUCAUCGGGAGGACAAGUGGGAGGCAGUGGAGGAGCCACAGGAGGAGCAGGCGGUGGAAGUUCAGGAGGUUCUUGGUCAGGCAGUGGCUCCUGGGCUGGCUCAGGCGGGGGAUCAUGGGGCGGCAGCGGUUCCUGGAGUGGUUCAGCAGGAGGGUCGUGGAGCGGCAGUGGGGGAGCAGGAGGAGGAGGAGGCGCAGUUGAGACGACUACGACGACCUCCCGCCCCACCAUUCCGUCGGUCACGCCCGUGUUGAUUUGAAGUAUUCACUAACCAAACACCAGCGCGAGAUCCUUCUGUCCAUGCGUUGGAAGGCCAUUUCUACGUGGAAUGCGUGUUGCAGUGUUAAUUUUGCCCUGUUUAUUUAUGUAAUUAUGUACUGAAUUCCGGGUAAUUUGUUAAUUUUGUAUUAGUAUAUUUUGACGUUUAACUCCAUGUUUGUUUAUAUUUCUUUAAGUUAGGGUAGGCCUGUUUUGUACAUUUUUAUUUUUAGGUAAUGCUUAUAAAUGCAAAAGCUCUGAAGUUGCAGUGUAAAUAUAAUUGUAAGGUUGACCAUACCUCUCGUUUAGAUAUUUAUAAUAUUUACAAUACAUUGCGCGAAAUCAAGUUUGGUGAUGGUAAAGAUUUAUCAAACAUAUGGAUUCAAAUACAUGUUGGAUAAAUAAAAAACAUUUUUUUUUCCGUUAAAGUAAUGUAUUUAUUGUUUAUAUUACAACCAGUGACAGACGUAAAGAAUUAUUUUAAAUUUAAAUAACCUUGUUGGCCCUUUAUAUUGUUCUAUAGACUACAUGUUUCAAGACUGGUAAUUAAAAUCAUUGUUAAAUACUGUGUAAAUUACCUAUUUCGGUUCCAGACCUGGGACUAAGAGAAGUUCUUGCAAAUUACAUUUACCUUCUUUUUUUCAAAUAUACAUAUACCAGCAAGUA